AAAUGAUUACAUUGUUAAUUGAUAAUUUUUGAUCACAUAACAUUUACAUGAAAAUUGUAAUUAAUGUACAAAUGAAAAAGAAUCGAACGUUUUCUUGAUAAUUUUACAUAAAUUGUGUUACAAAUAUGAUGCAACAUCAAUACUGGGUGACUAAAAAGACUGUUUUAAAGAAAUUAGGGACUAAAGAGGAUGAAUGUAUUAUAGCGUCCGAUGCCGAACUUGAUGCAAAAUUAGAAUUAUUUCAGUCCAUUUCAGAGAGUUGUUUACAAUUACAACGAGUUUUAGAUCAAUAUCAAGAACGUUUAUGCGUGCUUGCACAAGAAGAAAAUGCUCUGGGAAAGUUUCUACGAGAUGCGGGCAAAAACAACGAUGCAGCAGGUAAACAUAUGGUUACAGCAGGUAAAGCGAUUUCCUAUGCUGGACAACAGCGUGUCUCCGUGAGAAGCCCUUUAUUGAGACUGCAUCAUGAAGUGGAAACGUUUAGAUGCAGAGCUGUGAAAGAUAUGCGUGCAACAGUUUCAGCGAUGGAAAAAGCCCGUAUCGAGUAUAGAGCCGCUUUAAGUUGGAUGAAAUCAACCAGCGCACAGCUUGAUCCAGAUACUGGUCGCGGUCUUGAUAAUUUUCGCAAAGCACAACGACAAGUAAGAGAAAGCAAGAAAGUUUUUGAUAAAUUGACCCUAGAUGUGCUUCAGAAGAUUGAUUUGCUAGCUGCAGCUCGUUGCAAUAUGUUCUCUCAUGUUCUAUCAAACUAUCAAAACUCCUUUUUGGGUUUCUCCAAUAAAGUUGCACAAACUUUGGCCGCUACCAUUGAGAGUAUGAAUUCUGCACCACAAUAUGAAUUUUGCAUUUUGAAGAGCUUAUCUGAAAAUGAUAAUGAAGAGGAAAGCCUUGGGCAGGACAAGGAUCAAUUGCUGUUCUUUCAGGAUGAGUAUAAAGAUGAUAGUCCUGCAACGAAAAUAUCCGAUGAACAGGCUGAAAAACAAAGCACUGAAAAAGAGCCAUCGGCUGCAACACAAGAAGAGGCAUCUUCCUCGGGAACACUUAUAAGUACAGAUGAUGAUAAAAUUGCAAAUAUUAGUGAGGAUUUGGCUGGUUUGCAGCUUGGUGGUGGAGAUAUGCCUGCUAAUUAUGCUUUUAUGCCAUCUCAACUGUUGCAGGAUUUUGCUGGAAACUUCAUGGAGAGCCCCUUACUACCACUUAAUGUUCAAAACGAGGAACCUUCCCCACAAGCAAGUAAACCUCUUCCAGCACCAAAGAGAGAUGACAAAGCUGCUUGGUUCAAGUUAUUUGCUGAGCUGGAUCCACUCGCCAACCCUGAUAACAUUCCGGGAUCCAAUCACAAUCAAAGUCACGCUGCUUAAAUGGUAUGAAACAGUUAAAAAAUAGUGCAUUCAUUGUAACAAAUGAGAUGCUCUUUCUAAUUCCGCAGAUAAUAAAUUAGUAUUUAGUAUUGGUUAUAUACUGCUUUAUAGUUCAAAGUAUUUUAAGUAUUGUAUGUUUAAUAUUAUCUGUGAAAUUAGUAAUUAACUUUUAUACCAUGAUGAUGGUUUCUUGUGUGAUGACAUUAUUUAUCUAUUAUGUUUCUGGCAUAUUGAAAAUAUUUCAAUAUUUCUUCAGAGUUUAGGUGUAUUUAUCAAUUAUCACAUUUUUAUUAAUCAUCACCAUUCACCAUAACCUUAAUUCUACGAGAAUGUAUAGAAAGCUCCAGUGCAAGAAUAUUUUUCGAAAUAAUAUCUCCAUCUCAUUCGUGAAAAAAAAAUACGCUGAUGCCAAAAUAUUAUUCAUAUUUUAAAUUUUGUCAUAAAUGCAAAAGACUAAGUUCAUUAUACAAAAGUUGAUGCAAGAAACUUCUUAUAAUGAUAUAUGUAUUUUACUUAUGGUAUUAAACAGUCCUUAUGUAAUCAAUUAUAAACAAUCUAAUAUGUUAUUGUAGAUGCAAUAUUUAUAUUUCGUACCAAUUAAGAUUUGAUAAUGGUUUCAUUAGUCAUAGCUUUUACAUUACAAAAAUGGAUGAAGUUGAAGGAGCUUACAAGUACUAUUAAAUAUUAAUGGAUUAUUUUUUAUUAAUUCAACAAUCAAUGGUAAAAUAUAUAUUAUGAGACUAAGUACAAACAAGAAUGACUGGUUUAAUUAAAAUAAUAUUUUCAUUGGUUAUUAUUGACUUUCUUUAUUAUAAUAUUAUUAAGAUAUCUUAAAUUACAAGGACUUAUAGCUUAACUGUAAAAUGUGCUUAUGAAUAAUCAUUGUAUUUUAUCAGAAUAACUGACCCUGUGAUACACAUUUAUUUAAUAGUAAAGUGCAGAAACAUUACAAAGACAUAAAAAUUGCUUUGUAUUCAACAUUCCUUUUAGCCAUACAAAAAUGGUACAAUAUAUGCAUUCCAUUCCAGUAUCAUCAAAAAAUUGAAAUUUACUUUGUGAAGAGGGAGUCUCGGCAAAUAGCCUAUUAUUCUUUACUAAUAUAUAGUUUGCUUUAAGGGAGGUUGAAUCACUCACCAAAAAAGGGGUCAUAAUAUUUCAAAAAAAUGCCUCACGUAAUAAUGAACGCCCCCUUAUUGAUAAAAAAAAAUGCUUAAUUAAUCUAAAUAUUAUUGCUUGAAUUUAUUAUAUUUUUACGCUAGAAGCUGAUUUUUUGCAAUUUCUAUGCUUUGCCGUUUCUAUCUUUUGCCUUAUUAUUAUUUUUUUUUGGAGAAAGGGGAAAAUUUUGAAUGAAAAUUGUCUUUUUCUUCAUUGUGUGUCUUGUUAUUCCAUAGAAAGGAAUAACUGCAUCAAAUGAUAGCAAAUUAAUUAUUAAUUUUUCUCAUACUUACCUGUCUUACCAAUUAUUUACUAGUCAAAGCUUUUAGCUUGUAUACUUCAUACCAAAGAAAUUAUAGAUUUAGUUAAAUUUAUAAAUGUUUUUGCGUUAUGUGUGUAAUCUGAACAUCAAAUUGUAUUAUUAAACGUUAUUA